AUGCGGACAGUGGAACACUGUAUAGUUUGCGGGCACGGUCCACUAGUUCUGAGUCAUUUAUACGAUCAUCUACGUAGAUCACAUUCUUGGAAUGAAGCUCAAAUUGAUGGAGAAAAAUUGCGAAUACGAGCCAAAAAAGGAAGUCUUCGCUGUGAUAUCUGCGAUAAGAUCUACAGUACAUUGCAUUCACUGAGGCAUCAUAAACUGAAACUGCAUCCAAGCGGAAAGACUUCGUCGAAUGUUAUUUGUCCGGAAUGUGGUCAAAGGUUCUAUACUUACCGGGAUUUGGCAAAACAUUGCAAUGACUGGCAUACUACAAAACCAGCUACACAGGACUAUUCCAUUAUUACUGGACAGUUUGAUUGUUACACGGCAUUUGAGGAGUGGAAAGAUUCGCUGGAAAGUUCGUCACGUACGAAUUUUUCGAAGAGAUAUUCUGUGCAUUGCAAGGAUGGUGGCCGACGGCACGUUUUCGUCUGUAAGCAUGCUCGAGGGAAAGUGAUGGCAUCAGCCGUAACUGAGAAACCGGGAAUCGAAGGAAUCCCAGAGCUACCAACUACACCAUUACCCAGAACCGAGAAACCGGGAACCGAAGAGAAACCAACUACGCUCUCAGAGGCGUUACGCGGAAUCGAAAAACCCGAAAUCAAAGAGACCAAAGAAACGCCAUCUACGCUCUCACAAGCGUUACCCGGAAUUGGAGUACCCAAAGCGAAGCCAACUACGUCCUUCGGAGGAGUCAGCCCCAACCGAAAAGCCAGGAAACGAAGGAACCGAAGAUACACCGACAACGCCCUCGCACAGCAAACGGAUCCUCAGUCACUGUCCUGCGUGUGCGAAAAUGCCGAUGGAAGUGUCACUUACGAAGGAUGCAUUGGUCAUCUCGGUCAUGCUGUGUGUGCGGCAUCAUUACGAAUUCCGAAAAGUGACCAGGAGGAAAUACUGGGCAUGCUAAGGCGGGGUCUACACGCCUACGAGAUUGUGGCGAAGAUACGUAGAGAAAGAUGGGAUCACUCAUUGAGUUCCGAUCAACAAGCACGUAUUUGCUACGUCGAAGCAAAGGAUGUAUGGCGCAUGGCGCAUCGCUUCGGACUAGUUCAACGAAGAUAUCGCACUGCUAAAAGACUGGCUGCGACUGAACAGAACUCAGAACAAGACAGUCGGAGCGAGGAGGUUUCACAUGGAGAAGAUUUCGACUGUCAUGUUCAAGAAAUGGCUGACUUGACUGAGAACGGCGACCAAACCUCCGAAACGACUCCAGUGUUCUUUCAGCCACUGCAGCGAGUAGACACAGCAGCUAUAGAGGCAUUCCAGUCAUUUCAAGAGAUCAACCGGUUCGUUAAUGAACUGAUGGAAUUGUGUGUGAAGAGCAACCAGUAUGAACUGAUUUCCCAAAUGAACUCCGCAAUGAUGACGAAAGCCAAUGAAAUCGCAGGGGCGAUUGGAGUGAAUACUGAACUCUUCCUACAAAGGAUUCCUACCCUCGCACAGCUGUCCACAAGAGAUCCACCAAGAAAUCCUGUCGAGAAGGCUGCCGAGAAAUACGUCACAGUACCUCAAUAUGGUCACGAAGAAUCAGAAACGAAACCACCACCGAACUGCGGAAGUCAACCACCUCUGAACAAUGCGAAGAGAGAAGAAUGUGAAGUUGUGGACAUCAAUUCUAUAUUAUACGUGAAGAAAGAGCUAUCGCCAACUAUCGAUGAGGUUAUCCUCAUGGAUUAG